GACAAAUAUAUAAAAUUUGAAAUAUGUAUAAACUUUUAAUCCGAACUUCCUAAUUUGAUUCGACCACCCCGCGCACACGAACACGGCCCGACUCGCGUUUUGAGCGGGAUGAUGAUCGAAUCGUCUCCUUCUCCUCCUCUUCGACCCGUCUCAGGGUGUCUCGAAUGAAGGAAGAAAUCCGAAUGAAAAUGAGCCCACUACAAAUGGAGUUAUCGGAUGCAUAUGGAAGAAGAAUAAAGGCAACAUGGGAUGCUGUAUCGACCAGGGUUUUUUGUGAUAUAUGUGUUGAGGAAGUCAUUGCUGGUAAUCGGCCUAACACCCAUUUUAACAAAACCGGAUGGGUAAACGUGGUCGGCAAGUUUCAGGAAAGGGCAAAAAGAAAUUAUGACUACAAGCAACUGAAAAAUAAGUGGGAUUCACUUAAAAGGGAUUGGGUGUUAUGGAAGCUGCUUGUCAGGAACGAAAAAAGAGUUGAAUGGGAUUACGAGAGAGGUACUAUCGACGCUAAUAUGGAAUGGUGUGAUGAGAAAUUAAAGGUUUUCCCCGAUGCUGCAAAGUUUCGUGGAGGAGAUUUGGAGAAUAUGAAACAAUUGGAUAUCAUGUUCUCGAAUGCGCUACCUUCGGGUGAGACGACGAUGACACCUGCUUUUAAUACCAUGCUACCUGCGCCAAUUGUUGAUGAAUCAAAUGAAGAUCAGAUAGAAGGUAGCAGCGAUUCGGUGGAUGACGUUGAUUUUGCGAACAUCAAUGCGGACAAUGUAACAAUUGCCUCUUACGUCACCCCUAUCCGGGAAUUUCCUGGAGAAGGACGUGUCAAGCGGAAGAAGAGAACGUUCGACGUUCGGGAAGAGGCGAACGAGAAAAGGGGUCGCAGAAGAAAAGCGAAGCUUGGAAAUGCUGUCUACAUGCAUAAAGAAUUGGAGCGCAUCCGCAAUGCUGUCGAGAGUUAUAACUCGCAAGCGACUUGCUCGGUUACAUCAAGGAAGACCGAUUACCCCGGAUGUGGCAUCAUGGAGUGUAUGGGAUUGCUAGAGACAAUUCCCGAGGUGGAGAUCGGUGGCGAGUUAUACAUGCUGGGCACCCGUUUGUUCAUAAAACGCGACUAUAGAGAAAUGUUUGUUGCUCUGAAGAGACCGGAUGUGCAGCUCUUAUGGCUCAAGCAGGAGCUCGAGACGGAGGCGAGGAGUCGCUAGGAUUGACUUAAUCAUGUUUCAUGUUGUUUUCUAGUUUGGCUAACAUCAAAGGUGCUUCUGUGAAAUUUAAGAAUAUGUAUUGCAUGCUAUACAUCCUUCUCCACCAAGAACUCAUGAAGGAGCAGUAAAGAGUGGUGUGUUCUUUGUUUGUUCUUGAUUCGGAACCUUUUCUUA